UAAAAGGCCUGGCUGAUUCAGGUAACGUCAGAUGCUGCAGGCCACCCUUGACAGACGGAGCACAGGGCUCCGGCGUCGUCGACGCACCAGCCGGAACGCUGCUCCCCGCGUCGCGACGGGGGCCCUCCCGUUCUCGGGGUGUGUCCCCUCGCCUGCCGGCAGCGCAGCCGGGGCCUUGCUGUGGAUUAAGGCCGGUUGCGCUGGGCGUGUGCCUUUCCCCGGGGCGGGCGCUCGCACCGCGACGCGCUUCGGGGGUCCAGCGUAGGCUGGGGCCGAACAGCUAUGCUGCAGCUCGCCUCGCCCCCCGGCCUGCUCCUCCCGCCUGGCUGAAAUGGAUGGGCGCCCGAUGCCUUCCUCUCGAAGGCCCUCCUUCUCCACGACCUCUUCAGCCCUCAAAGGCGCGAUCCAGCUGGGGAUCACCCACACGGUUGGCAGCCUGAGCACCAAGCCCGAGCGAGACGUCCUCAUGCAGGAUUUCUACGUGGUGGAGAGCAUCUUCUUCCCCAGCGAAGGCAGCAACCUGACGCCAGCUCACCACUACAACGAUUUCCGCUUCAAGACCUACGCCCCUGUCGCCUUCCGGUAUUUCCGCGAGCUGUUUGGGAUCCGACCGGACGAUUACUUGUGCUCCCUCUGCAGUGAGCCUCUCAUUGAGCUGUCCAACUCUGGGGCCAGCGGCUCCAUUUUCUAUGUCUCCAGCGACGAUGAGUUCAUAAUCAAGACGGUUCAGCACAAAGAGGCUGAGUUCUUGCAGAAGCUGCUGCCCGGUUACUACAUGAACUUGAAUCAGAACCCCCGGACGCUGCUCCCCAAAUUCUACGGCCUCUACUGCGUGCAGGCUGGGGGCAAGAACAUCCGGAUCGUGGUGAUGAACAACCUGCUGCCGCGCUCGGUGCGCAUGCACCAGAAGUACGACCUGAAAGGCUCCACCUACAAGCGGCGGGCCUCCCAGAAGGAGCGCGAGAAGGCCUUCCCCACUCACAAGGACCUGGACUUCAUGCAGGAGCUCCCCGACGGCCUCUUCCUGGAUGCUGACAUGUACAGUGCCCUGUGCAAGACCCUCCAGAGAGACUGCCUGGUCUUGCAGAGCUUCAAGAUCAUGGAUUACAGCUUGCUCGUGGCGGUGCACAACAUUGACCUCGCGCAGCGGGAGCGGGCGGCCGUGGACGGGGCGUCCCAGGCAGACACGCGGCGGCCUGCUGCCCAGAAGGCGCUCUACUCCACGGCGAUGGAAUCCAUCCAAGGGGAGGCCCGGAGAGGCGGCACCAUUGAGACCGACGACCAGAUGGGCGGGAUCCCGGCGCGGAACGCCAAGGGGGAGAGGCUGCUUCUCUACGUGGGAAUCAUCGAUAUCUUGCAGUCUUACAGGUUUAUUAAGAAGCUGGAACAUUCGUGGAAGGCACUUGUUCAUGAUGGGGACACGGUUUCGGUGCACAGACCCAGCUUUUAUGCAGAGAGGUUCCAACGGUUCAUGUGUAACGUAGUAUUCAAGAAGAUCCCCCUGAAAUCCUCCCCGUCGAAGAAGAGUCGGUCCGGCGCAGCACCGCCGCGGCGGCCAGGCCAGGCCGGAGCCCCCUCCCAGGCACAAGCGGCGUGCGAAACGAGGGUGCAGGUCACGACGGAGGCGGACGUGGAGCAAGGCGCCCAGCUGGGCCGCCCUGACCUCCUGCCUCGGACUCCCCCCGUUGAAGAAGCAAACAGUGACUCAGCGGCCACGACCUUGUCCACGUCCUCCCUGGGGAGCAGAGGCCAUAACUCGCCCGCCAACAGGCCACAGGCAGAGGCCGCCCCAGAAGCGUUUUCUGCUGGAACCGCACUCGGCGCCCCCACACUUAGUGCUUCCCCAGGGUUCUCCACGCCAGGACGGCCAUCGGAGCCGACGGAGCCGUUUGAAGAGUUGCCCGAGACGGAGGUCAGCUUUUGAGCUGCUGCAGGGUGACCUUUCGGGCGGGAGCAGAAGCCUCCCUCUGCGCUCUGCAUGGUCUGCGGACUGAUGACCCUCCGGCCUUUGCAGGCAGUGGACAAUCUGGAACGCUUUCCCAAUCUGAACAGACGGGCUGGGCCGCCCCAGCCGCGCAGCGCUCCCAACAGCGCUGCCUCUGAAGCCCGUUGGCGCUUGAAGACCCCCAACCCUGCCCCCGUUUCCUCUGGUUGUGAGGCAAGAGGCUGCCCAGACGUGGGGCUUUACAGGCUGCGGCUCAAGAAGGGGCAGGCGCCUUCCACACCCCCAGGCCUGGAGGGAGGGCCAGCUGCAGGUUGACGGUGCCAGCCGCUCUUCUCUGAACUCUGAUUUCUCCGCGAAGGGGUCGGUGUGUGCGCAGCUCUCCUUGGAACGGUUUGCAGAAGAGGAAUGUUGUCUUCAUUUUAUUUUUAACUUUUUAAAAACGUAUUUAAACUUCUUUUUCUGAAUUGCCACAUCAGUUUUUUUUUUGUUUUUAAAGUACGUGAUUUUAGGCCAAGGAAUGUUUGUGUUAACACACCAAAAAUGACAUGAACCCAAGGGUCUAAGGGAGAUGUUUUCCCCUCUGAGGUCACACGUCAAGAGUGUCUUGCUCAUGUUUAAUUUUAAACAGAAUAUUUGUGCAGGAAGUAGACCGCCCCCCCCCCCCAGAUCUAGUUGGCUGGCCAUCAUUUUGAAGAGGCAGUAAAGGAAGGGUCUCCUUGCCCCCCCACCCCCAAUGUACACACAGACUUGGUGCUCUGCCCCCUCUUGGGGCUUGUGGAAGAAAGUUUCCAGUGCUUUGGCUUUUAAAGGACACCGUAUGUGGGGCUGCUCAGAAAGAAGAACAGUCAAAUACGGGUUUUAAACUUUUAGUAUUGUACUAGUGGACCAAAUUUGUUUCCCUCACCCUGUAUGAGAGAGGAACUCUCUUCUCACUCUCAGUAUUAAGUUCUUUAAAGGACUCAGACUUCUAAUACCACACAAAAAAGAUGAUCUGAAAUUCCCACGGUUUCUGUUUUUUUGUAUGUACACUCAGAUCAUAUUCUUUUCAACUUAAUUUACUUUUGCUUUAUAUAAACGGCCAAUUCUUUCUUCCUCUCCUUUUAUGUCAACAGGUGGUCUGUUUUGAGCUUUUUAAAAUCUUCCCCACUAGUUCUGAUUUUCUUUUCUUUUGAAGAACGCAACUUGCAUUUAACUCUGGGAAGGGAAAAAGUUGCCUCGAACAGCCGAGCAAGAGAUGCAUUAGUGGCUCCCCCAAACAAGGGGUCCCCUUUCAGCUGUGUGGGAUGUGCUUAUGGGGUUUUUUUUUUAUUAGCCUACAUCUAAAUGGAAAAAAGGUCGAAUACCAGCCAUCAGCCCUACUUGAAGAUUUAUAUUUCUCUCAUAAGCCUUUUUAAAAGGUGACGUUUUCUAUCCCUUCCCUUCCCAACCAGAGUUUUGAACAUGCUUCCGUAAGCUUUGUGCUCUCCAGCUUAACUUUCCAGUGUCGGCCACGGUGCAAGGAGGUGCACGGUGCAGAAGCGACUGGCCACUGUCAGCCUUAAACCAGAAUUUCAAGCUCGCUUGUGAAGGGCAUAUUUUGGCAACCGGAACUGAGGGCUAAAGCUCGGUAGAGGCAUAACAACAUGCGUUCUUCAAAUAGGAACAUGCUGAAGUCAGGAAACUUGACCUCUGUCCCAGGCCUAAAGGGUUCACUUUUCUUAGUUUAAAAAGCUUUAAAAAUACUGGUGGGGAGUGGAGAGCACAUUCAAAGCAGAAAGCUCAUUUUCUUCCUGUCAUUUUAGAGCAUCCUCAAGGAAGCCUGCGCGAGGCAAUGAGGCAGACUCAUAUUUGGGAGUAUUCUUGAAAGUUUAAAAAGCAGCCUUCCUUUCUCCCCGCCCGACUUCUGUCAUUUAUAUAUUAAGCAGCUGUCUAUAUUAGACACCCAGGACACUUCCAAAAUUAUCCCUGUACCUCUCCAAGUUUGUUCCAAGAGGAGGAAAGAACAACACACUUCAAUCAGUUUUCUAGUUUUCUUGUUCUGUUUUUCCCACAAUGUUACUAUUUAUAAAGUUGUAUUUAAUUGUAUUCCACACUUUGCCCCACUUGUUGGGGGAAAUUAGCUUUUCAAGAUGAACUUUGGGAGGAAGGAGACUUCUUUCUCUUGUGUGUCAUUAUAGACUUUGCUUUUUGAAUGGUUUUAAGGAAAAUGCAGGUUUGUUUUUGAAAGAAGAAAAACGGGGGACCCGGAAAUGGGCCAUGAGGUUUGUGCCAGCUGUGCAAAGGAGGCAGCAAUGGGACCGGCUUCUCUUUUGGCAUCGCGGUGGAUCUUCAGCUCCCCAUCUUUCCUCUCAGUCGCCGAAGAAGCAGCACUUUGCAACAGAUCCAGGGUUGUUUCGAGGCAGAGAGUGAGCAGUUGGCAUCGCCAAACAUCCAUCGGUCUCACUGUGUUGUGGAUUUUGUCGCCCGAACCUCAUAAUACUUUUUAAGAUGCAUAUUCCUGCCUAAUCAAAUGGUUGUCAAUUUCCCACUGUCACCACCAAAAACCGCACACACGUUUCAGUUUCAUUGGGGUGAAAACAGGCGACCUGCUACUAAGUUCAAUAAAGCGUCUCCAUUUCUUUUUC